CCCGGCCUCCUCCGCUCCGCGCAGCUCCGCGCCCUGUGCCGCCGGCAGAGCCGGCCGGGCGGCGGAGCCGCGGCUCGAACCGGCAUGGGGACCUUAGGGAAAAGAAGAGAAAAUCAGCAAUCUGCUCAAGCAUGCAGCACUGCCCCUGAAUCAGCACUGGAGCUGAAGCAGACCAGUCACUGUCCCAGCCUCUCUAAUCAUACUCAGGUCAUGAUGGUGCCAUUGGGGCAUCUAGCCAAAGGAGCCACUUUGGAAGAUCUUCUUGAAACCUGCAUUCAGUCUUUUGAUUUAGAAGGAAAUGCAUAUCAAAACAACCAGCUGCUAAAGAUAAUUCUUGCCAUGCAUCAGUUUAUCAUCUCAUCUGCAGACAUGCUUCAGAAACUCAUUGAUCUCUAUCUUAAUGCUUUAGAAAAUAACUCCUCCAUGCUGUGUGUAAAGAUAUGCUAUUUUGUGAGGUAUUGGAUUACAGAGUUCUGGAUUAUGUUCAAAAUGGACUCUAAACUAUCCACAACUAUGGAGGAAUUUCAAGAGCUGGUUAGAGCUAAUGGUGAGGAGUUACACUGUCGUCUAAUUGACACAUCUCAAAUCAAUUCUAGGGAUUGGUCUAGAAAGCUGACACAGCGUGUAAAGGCCAACACCAGUAAGAAACGGAAAGUCUCACUUCUUUUUGAUCACCUUGAGCCAGAGGAGUUGUCAGACCACCUUACCUAUCUUGAAUUUAAGUCUUUCAGAAGAAUAACAUUCUCAGAUUAUCAGAACUACAUUGUGAAUAGUUGUGUGAAAGAGAAUCCAACAAUGGAAAGAUCAAUUUCUCUUUGCAAUGGUAUCUCUCAGUGGGUGCAGCUAAUGGUUCUCAGCAGACCAACACCACAGCUUCGGGCCGAAGUGUUUAUCAAGUUCAUUCAUGUUGCACAGAAGCUCCACCAGCUGCAGAAUUUCAAUACAUUAAUGGCAGUGAUAGGAGGUCUCUGUCACAGUUCCAUUUCCAGGCUUAAGGAAACAAGCUCAUGUGUGCCUCAUGAUGUAAUUAAGGUGUUUAAUGAAAUGACAGAACUGCUUUCAUCCUACAGAAAUUAUGAUAGUUACCGACGGGCCUAUAACGAGUGCAGUAACUUUAAGAUCCCAAUCCUUGGGGUCCACCUGAAAGACUUGAUAUCACUUUAUGAGGGCAUGCCAGACUACUUGGAGGACAAAAAAAUUAACAUAUACAAACUAUACUCUUUGUAUAACCACAUAAAUGAGCUGAUACAACUCCAGGAAAUGCCACUUCCCCUGGAGGCUAAUAUGGACCUUGUUCAUUUGCUUACACUGUCCCUUGAUCUUUACUACACAGAAGAUGAAAUUUAUGAGCUUUCAUAUGCACGAGAGCCACGAAGUCACCGAGCUGCUCCUUUGACACCCUGCAAACCACCAGUAGUUGCAGACUGGGCCUCAGGAGUGGCCCCAAAACCUGAUCCAAAAACCAUCAGCAAACAUGUUCAGAGGAUGGUAGAUUCUGUCUUCAAAAAUUAUGACCAUGAUCAGGAUGGAUAUAUCUCCCAGGAAGAAUUUGAAAAGAUAGCUGCCAGUUUUCCAUUCUCAUUUUGUGUAAUGGCAAAGGACUGGGAAGGUCUGAUUAGCAGGGAUGAAAUAACAGCUUACUUUAUGAGGGCUAGCUCAAUCUAUUCCAAAUUAGGACUUGGCUUUGCUCACAACUUCCAAGAGACCACUUACUUAAGGCCUACUUUCUGUGACAACUGUGCUGGAUUUCUAUGGGGAGUCAUUAAACAAGGAUACAGAUGCAAAGACUGCGGAAUGAACUGUCACAAGCAAUGCAAAGACCUGGUUGUGAUAGAGUGCAAGAGAAGACCCAAAACUUCAGUUGCAGACAGCAGCCCAACAUCUGCUCUUGCAUCAAGCCUCUGCCCAGUAGGAGUCAAAGAGCAAUUCCAUGGUAAGAAAAGAUCACAUUAAAAAGAUCAAAAGAUC